GCAUAAGAGACUCUAAAUCUAUUUUAUUUAUUUUAUGUAAACCCUCAUUGAUCGGUUUCCUGCUCUCGGACAGGCUUCGUAUUCAACAAGGCAAGGUGCAAUUUUGCAGGAUGAAGAUUGCGUUAUUGGUCCUGUGCUUUCUGGGCACAUCGCUGGCCUUUCCAAUUGUUCCUGGUGCUUUUAGUGAUAGUCAUGAGGCAAAGAUGCAGCAAUACAGAUGGUACGGAGCACCUCAGCAACAGAGACAAAUUUACCAAACCUCCCUGCCUGCACAUCCAUGGCUACAAGUUCUGUCACAGAAACGGGUCGCACAGCCCAGCCUACCGCAGCUGAAACAGCCCCUUUUGCAGCAGCCACCUCUGAAACAAUUCUUCCGAUCUCAGCCAUAUCUGCAUGUGCCUCAGCAUCCACAGCAACAAUAUCCAUUUGGAAUUUCUCCACAGCAAUGGGGAAUUCCCUCAUACGGAAAUGCGCCUCAGAUGAUGCCAUUCUUCCCAUUCGGAUUCCCACAACGUCAAGCGGCUGUGCAGAGCUUCGAGGAAGAAGACUCGCCCCGUCAACCAAGACCACAGGCACCCCCGCAGCAGACCCCUCAGAUGUUCCCUCCAUUUGGAAAUGUGCCCCAGAUGAUACCGCAGGUCCCUGUUCAGAAGAGUCCAAAUGGAGUUCCCACUAGUGGAAAUGUGCCACAGGAGCAACCACAGAGACCCGGUCUGCAAGGUCCUCCGGAACAUUCUCCCAUCCCCAAUGUCCCUCAGCUCCCAGAACAGCCAAAUCAAAAUGAGAGCCCUAUCCUUGAUAAAAGGCCACAAGCAACAACACCGAAGCCUGCAGAGUCACAUCCCAAUAUGAAGCCAUCCUACGGUAAAGUGCCACCGAAGAGGCCUCAGCAGCCCCCCCAACAACCUCGUACCGAAGUCAGUCCUCCUCACGGUACCGCACCGGAGACACAGUCCCAGCAGCCUCGCCCCGAGUCCAGACCUUCUUACGGCCCGGCUCCUGAGUCAAAGCCUCAACAGCCUCGCUGGGAGUUCAAUCCCUAUGGCAACGCUCCGGAGAUGAAGCCACAACCUCGCCCUGAGUUCAGACCUCCUUUUGGUUCUGUCCCAGAGACAAGGCCUCAGCCACCUCGUCCUGAGUUCAAUCCUUAUGGUAACGUUCCUGAGACAAGACCACAGCCUCGCCUGGAGUUCAGACCUCCUUUUGGUCCUGUCCCAGAAACAAGGCCUCAACAGCCUCGACCUGAGUUCAAUCCUUAUGGUAGUAUCCCAGAGUCAAGACCUCAGCAGCCUCGCCCUGAGUUCAGACCUUCUUAUGGCUCUGUCCCAGAGACAAGGCCUCAGCCGCCUCACCCUGAGUUCAAUCCUUAUGGUAAUGUCCCUCAGGCAAGGCCUCAGCUUCGUCCAGAGUUUGGUCCUUCAUAUGGUGAACCACAAUCAAGGCCUCAACAGCCACUACCACCAAGCCAAGAUGUUUAUCCUUCAAACGGCAACAUCCCUCACAUGAGACAAGACCCCCCACAGCAGCCCAGCCCAGAUAUUGUUCCCUCUUGGCCCAACUCAGGUCUGGCGAGACGAACGCCGCAGCAGCCACAGUUCAUUCCAAAUGUAAGACCAUCCUACAGUAACGCACCCCAGCCCAGAACUCAGCAGCCAAGCCAAGAUGUUGUCCCUCAAUAUGUCCCCAUACCUCAGGCCAAGCCCCAGCCACCUAUGCACCCAAGUCCCGAGGUGAAUCCAGCCAUUGGAAAUACACCCAGGCAGACACAGUACCCAAGACAGCAGCAACCACCACAGCUCCCUCCCUUCGCAUUUCAGCCACAGGCAGGACAGCAGCAGCAGGAUUUUCCGAAAGUCGUGUACGUGCAUCUUCCACCAAUGGCUGGGAUGGGCCCUAACACAGCAGCCCCCGCAGAGUCAGAGGAGGCAGGAGCGCCUCAGUACGGUGGCUACGUACCAUCCUUUUACGGCUACGGCCCCUUCGGAUUCGGGAAUUUCGGACGUCGCGCCCCCCUCUCUGAGGAAAUAAACGAAGUCAACGAGAAGGAGUCGGAAUCCCCCGGGAAGCCAGAAGCACCCGCGGCCACAGAGGCACCCAAGGCCGAAGACUUGCCCCCUACCCCCGGCGGAGUUCCCACCAACACGGAAGGGGCAGGAGCGGCGGCCAGCGCCAACGGCACCGCUGCCAACGGCGCCGGCAAUCAGCCGGCCGCUGAGGGCGGCCCCAACACCCCGGGAAGCUCUCCGCCCAAGCCCGAGGGCGCCCCCGCAGGACCAGGCGGCAACACCCCGGCCGUGGGCCCCAACCUCCCCGGCAGGGGCGACAGCGGGCCGAACGCCGGCCCGAGCUCCCCUGGGGUCGCCGGCGGCUUCCCCGUCCCGGGAACGAACCCCCUGUAUCCCAACCUGGAUCCCUUCGCCGGGGUGAUGUGGCCGGCUGGCGUGCGCAAGGUCACCCCCUCUCCCAGCGCGGGCGCCACCCAGGGCUUCGCGGAACCGGGCGGGGAAGACGCCACCACCCCGGCGCCCAUGGGGAAGGGCAGUCCGGCCCUCAACAUCCCCUUCUUCCCUUCCGAGGGGGCGAAGAGGAACCCUUCAGGGAUCAGGAAACCCCCUGUCCAGGUGCCGUGUAACAAGGGGCCCCACGGGCCCUACGGCAACGGUGAGCAGCCCGGAUUUGUCGAUCCCGUGAAUCCGGACGCAGAGGGCAUCAUUCUAGCCGCAGCCGACGCCAUUCACGGCGACAGCCGCGUGCCCUGUGUCGUACACGACAGCCCGGCUCAGGCCGAGGAGAAUCACUACUAUUACUAAUGAAGAAGAGCGGGAGAGAUGGAGAUUUUGAUCCGUCGCCACAGCGGUUUUUAAAUAAAUAAAUACAAAACAACCUUAAAAAAUUAAACGGCAACGUUUUUUUAGUGUGUCUAUAAUUUAAGUCAUCUUGAUGAAAAUCUUCCUUUGCAAUUAGCUUAAAGCGAAGACAAAGUUAUUUUGCAUGUUUUGUUGGGAUUUUGAUUUCUUGCUGUUUUUUGUUACUUUUUUUUGGUCUAUUCUACCCUUCUUGGAAUCAAUAUGUUUACUACAACAUUACUGUUCAUUUUUUUAAUUGUUUAAAACAGCAAUAUUUUGUAUUUUUUUCUAAAUGCAUUGUAGUUAUUCUGAAUUAAUAAAGAUGUAAAACUUCAUAAAUA